AUGGAACCGAAAGAGAGGGAAGUCGAUUGCGCCGCCGCAGUCUUUGAGAGAUUGCGACGGACGUGUUUCAAACACCAGGAUACUUGGAAGAAGUGGCUUCCAUACUGUGGGGUUACCAAAGUUGAAGAAGUUCAUACAUUUGACAAGAUCCGAGAAGAGCUAGAUGAUGAUAUCGCCAGGGAUCCGAGGCCCAUCAAAUGUGGAUAUGGCAUUGACGAUGUGUGCGACACAAUGCGCCACUGCAAGCGUUGUAAGAGUGUAAUGCGCUACAUCGGUGAUACUUCGACGCGAAUCCGGAAUGAAGCUCUGGAACGAAUCUCGGAAGCUCGGCGCCGCAAGAAGGCCCUUUACAUGGUUGAUAUCCUGACAAAGUGUGCGCGGAGCCCAUGGGAGGCCAAAUUCAAUGGACCCAGAUUAUUGGAAGGGGUGGCCACGGAUUGUUUAAUAUACGAACUCGAGUGA